AGCGGACACACUUCCUAAAGAUCCGGAAAAACACGGGGGAAAAAAACAGUUGCACAAUCUAUUUAUUUUGGAGUGGACAUGUUUUUUUAUUUCUCCAUUUAUUUGCAGAAACAUAGGCAAUUUCUUUUAGAGGCAUACGAUUAAUUGAUUUACCUAACAUUUUCGACUAUGGAGCGCAGUAGAUCGCGCGACAGUUCCGCCGAUACGACCAAGAGCACAAGCAGACAAGGCGGAGAGAAAAAAACAUCCAAAAAGAAAAAGCGAAGACGUUCCUCUUCAUCUUCCUCUUCGUCCAGCAGCAGUGCAAGUCCGACCCCUUUAAAGAAAGCCUCACGUUCCCUCAGCAAGAACCAAGAUGGGAAAGGGAAGAAAAAAAAGAAAAGUUCAUCUUCCUUGUCAAGCUCUUCUUCAUCCUCAUCGUCCUCCUCAUCAAGUGAUGAAAAGGCCAAGAGGAAGGAAAAGAAAAGGAAAAAAUUAAAGAAGAAGUUAAAGAAGAAAAGAAAGUUGAAGAAAGAGAUGAAAUUGGAGAAGAAGAAAAAUAAGAAGUUAAAGCAAUUGGAAGAAAGAAGAGCAUCCCUGCUUGUAGAUUUGAUGCCCCCUCCAGCCCCCCCUCAGGCUCAAGGCAGUGCCCCGCAGCCCUUCCUGGAGUUGUGGCAGAGUGAUGAUAGCACAGAAGAUCACGGACCAGCAAUGACAGAUGAGCAGAAAGCCAGGCUAUCCACCAAGCGGCCCCUAACAAAGGAGGAGUAUGAGGCUAAGCAGAGUGUCAUCCGCAGGGUGGUAGAUCCUGAGACUGGACGCACCAGGCUGAUAAGGGGAGAAGGAGAGAUCAUUGAGGAGAUUGUCAGUAGAGAGAGACACAAAGAGAUCAACAAGCAAGCCACAAAGGGAGACGGAAACUCCUUUCAGAAGAAACUAGGAUUGAACAGGUAGAGGAUCACCCCUGAUGCCAAAUGUAUGGUAGAAAGGAGGAAGGAGCCAUUAAUACUAUUCUGUAUAGAUAGGACAGGAGAAUACAUCUCCAGUGAAUGUUUGGCUGGACCACAUUUGUGACAUGAUCACUACAUGUCUCCAAAAUGAAAGUGCAAAACAACCCUUUCUGUGCCUAUCUAUGACUGUACUGUGAGUGUGACUCAAUCAUAUGAUGUUUGGUCACACUUUAAAUAAAGUUUGGCCAGACUUUAUGUUUAAUUGCUCAAAUUAAAUGUAAUAACAUUACAUUUUGAUUUUACUUGACCAGCAUUCUUUCAUCACAAUUCACUUUGGACUUUCUCUGAAUGCAUCAGAACUUCAGAAUGGCCAUGAUGGCCUGACUGUCAAUGUUUUCAUAUUCAAUUCUAUUAUACAUGCAUUCAAACUGCACCCAAAAACAAGUCAACUGUGUAAUGCCGUUUACUUAAAAAAAAUUGUACCAUACACACUGAACAAAAUUAUAAACGUAACAUGUAAAGUGCUGGUCCCAUGUUUCAUGAGC